GUACUGCUAAACGACAGGCCGUGUUAUGAUGCAACGUGGAGUUGUUUAUUAUUUUUACCUCCCCCUUUCUGAAGUGGAUGUAGUCCAGUGACGACUUUUUUUAUUAUUAUCUCGAUUCAAUAAGGAGGUCUUAACGUAUAUGAAGAAAUGGGAAAGCCAAAGAAAAAGAGUGACGCCAGUCGAGCUGAGUUGAUGAUGAUGACCAUCGCUGACGUCAUCAAACAGCUAGUUGAAGCUCACGAGGAGGGAAAAGACAUCAACCUCAACAAAGUAAAAACAAAGACGUCAGCGAAAUACGGCCUUGAGGCUCAGCCUCGUUUGGUGGAUAUUAUCGCUGCCGUUCCUCCACAAUACCGCCGUGCUCUUGUGCCCAAACUGAAGGCCAAACCCAUCCGUACUGCGAGUGGGAUUGCAGUGGUUGCUGUGAUGUGCAAGCCACAUCGAUGUCCGCACAUCAGUUUUACCGGCAACAUUUGUGUGUACUGUCCUGGUGGGCCUGACUCGGACUUUGAAUACUCCACACAGUCUUAUACUGGAUAUGAGCCAACAUCAAUGAGAGCAAUCAGAGCACGAUAUGACCCCUACCUUCAGACCAGACAUCGUGUGGAUCAGCUCAAGCAGCUGGGCCACAGUGUGGAUAAAGUGGAAUUCAUUGUCAUGGGCGGGACGUUCAUGGCUCUGUCCGAAGAGUACAGGGAUUACUUCAUUAGGAAUCUUCACGACGCUCUGUCCGGACACACUUCAAACAAUGUGGCGGAGGCUGUCAGGUACUCUGAGCGCAGUAACACAAAAUGUGUGGGAAUCACCAUCGAAACACGGCCUGACUACUGCCUGAAGCGACACCUCAGUGACAUGCUGGGCUACGGCUGCACAAGACUGGAGAUCGGAGUCCAGAGCGUGUAUGAAGAUGUGGCCAGAGACACUAACAGGGGCCACACGGUGCGAGCCGUAUGCGAGUCCUUCCACCUUGCGAAAGACGCCGGCUUCAAAGUGGUGGCCCACAUGAUGCCAGACCUGCCCAACGUCGGCAUAGAGAGGGAUGUGGACCAGUUUAUUGAGUUUUUUGAAAAUCCAGCUUUCAGGCCCGAUGGUUUGAAGUUAUACCCGACUCUGGUCAUCCGGGGCACAGGUCUGUAUGAGCUAUGGAAGACAGGCCGGUAUAAGAGCUACACACCCAGCACUCUGGUAGACCUGGUGGCCCGAAUCUUGGCGCUGGUGCCACCCUGGACUCGGGUUUACCGCGUACAGAGGGACAUCCCCAUGCCACUGGUGAGCUCCGGGGUGGAGCAUGGCAACCUAAGAGAACUGGCUCUAGCCAGGAUGAAGGACAUGGGCACUGAGUGCCGAGACGUGAGGACCAGAGAAGUGGGCAUUCAGGAAAUCCACCACAAAGUUCGACCCUACCAGGUGGAGCUGGUGCGGCGGGACUAUGUGGCCAACGGUUCCUGGGAAACCUUCCUUACCUACGAGGAUCCCGAACAGGACAUCCUCAUCGGAUUGUUACGUUUGCGCCGCUGCUCCCCGCAGUCGUUUCGACCCGAGUUGAAAGGCGACGUGUCCAUCGUGCGCGAGCUGCACGUAUACGGCAGCGUGGUCCCCGUCAGCAGCCGGGACCCCAGCAAGUUCCAACAUCAGGGCUUCGGAAUGAUGUUAAUGGAAGAGGCAGAGAGAAUUUCCAGGGAUGAACAUGGCUCCUAUAAAUUGGCCGUCAUUUCAGGUGUGGGAACAAGGAACUACUACAAGAAGAUGGGCUACGAGUUGGAAGGACCUUACAUGGUGAAGCAUUUGGUUUAACCCGGAUUGGACUAAACUUGGACUUUUUUUUGAUUAUUUUAUUGGAUCAUGAUUUUUUUUUUUUACUGAAACUCUGCUAAAGGCUUUCAAUCUGUUGGGUGACAUCAUGUCGGAAAAACGAAUGAGAGAAGACUCCCAAAACUGAAACUUAUUGGACCCAGCUCAUCAAGUCCUGUUCUUAUUAUUACUAAAAAUGACCCGCUUAGGUCAACAUCAACAUAAUAUUUAAAAUGCUAAGCAGUUGUUUCUAUGAAAAAAUUUAGUGAUCAAUGAUGGUGAGCUCUUCCUUUUACUGAUUUGAGUGUUUUUAUUUCUGAAGAAUAAAGCAUGUUUUGAGUUAUAGUGACCUGAUGUGUUAGGUAGACAUAUGGAAAAACAGCACCUCUAGAUGACUUCUUCCACCCCUGCGGGGCACCCCUUAAUGACUGCCCCAUCAGAGUGUUUUAGUGGCGCAUAUGACACAGCCUGUGCAAUUACAACUCCAUCAGUUUUCUGUCUAUUGAACAUUGAGCGAGUGCCGUGUUGAGCCACAAUUACCGGAAAGGUUUUGUCAUGUGAGAAAUAGGGAGCAAUAAAGCGCUAAUUCCUCAUGCAUCGACCUACUACAGUACGGUUACUGGCUGAAGGUGGCGGGAUGAGGGGUGGUUAUGCUUGACUGAAGCAGAACAGCCGAUACGUAAUUUCCUGCAAGCGGCGGCGGUGGCGGCGCCUGCAUCGUGACUGCUGUUGUAAUCCUGACGCAUCACAGUAUCGGCCGCGUUCCAGCUUGCUCGCAAUCAGUUGUGAUAUCUGAAAACUUUGCCUCCUACUCCUUUUCCGGUCUUGCUGAGGCAGUGAAUUCAGGAACACUUUGGUUUAAUCUUCACUGCGACGUGAGGAAAAGAGGAGCAAGUCUUAUCACUGUGAUUCGAGAGCUUCUAUCCAUGUAGUCUAUUUUUAUUUUUUGGUCAGGGGUGUCCAAACUUUUACGCAUACUGAAAAAUGGGCCAUGGACACCCUG